AUGCUCCGCUCGGCUCCAGCCAUCCCCACCGCCGCCGCCGGGACCAUGAAGGACUGCAAUAAUGGAUGCUUGGAAGAGUGUAUCAGAGAAGCAGGAUCAAAUCCGGUCAUGGGAACUUUGAAGGCUAAAGAUCUAAUAAUCACACCAGCCACCAUUUUAAAGGAGAAACCUGACCCAAACACUGUGGCUUUUGGAACCGUUUUCACAGACCACAUGUUGACAAUCGAGUGGUCUUCAGAGUUUGGAUGGGAGAAACCACACAUCAAGCCUUUUCAGAACCUGUCGUUGCACCCUGCCUCGUCGGCUCUGCACUAUGCAGUGGAGUUAUUUGAAGGAAUGAAGGCAUUUCGAGACGUAGAUAACAAAAUUCGACUCUUCCGGCCAGACCUCAACAUGGAUAGAAUGUACCGAUCUGCUCUGAGGGCAACUUUGCCGGGAUUCGACAAAGAAGAGCUUAUGGAGUGUAUUAAGCAGCUUGUGAAAUUGGAUCAAGAAUGGGUUCCACAUUCAACAUCUGCUAGUCUAUAUAUCCGACCUACACUCAUUGGAACUGAGCCUUCUCUUGGAGUCAAGAAGCCUACCAAAGCCAUGAUCUUUGUGAUCUUGAGCCCAGUGGGAUCUUACUUUUCGAAGGGAACCUUAAGUCCCGUGUCCCUGUGGGCCAAUCCGAAGUUUGUAAGAGCCUGGAAAGGUGGGACUGGGGACUGCAAGAUGGGAGGGAAUUAUGGCUCCUCUCUCUUUGCCCAAUGUGAAGCAGUGGAUAACGGGUGUCAGCAGGUUCUGUGGCUCCAUGGAGAGGACAAUCAGAUAACGGAAGUUGGAACUAUGAAUCUUUUCCUUUACUGGGUUAAUGAAGAUGGAGAAGAAGAACUGGCAACUCCUCCACUAGAUGGCAUCAUUCUUCCAGGAGUGACAAGGCAGAGCAUUCUGGACCUGGCACGCAAGUGGGGUGAAUUUAAGGUGUCGGAGAGGUACCUCACCAUGGGUGACUUGACAACAGCCUUGAAGCAGAACCGAGUGAAGGAGAUGUUUGGUUCUGGCACCGCCUGUAUUGUUUGCCCAGUUUCUGAUAUCCUGUUCAAGGGCGAGAACCUACACAUUCCAUCUGUAGAGAAUGGGACUAAGCUUGCAACACGGAUAUUGGACAAAUUGACUGAUAUUCAGUAUGGAAGAGAAGAGAGCGACUGGACAAUCAUCCUAUCCUGA